CACGACCGUUCGAUGCUGGGAGAGUUUCACCGGAUAUUUGAGAAGACUGCCAUCAACGAUGACACAGUGAACUCUUUGCUGCGCUUGGUUGGAAUGCAGCUGAACGGCACGGCCGGCACCGUCACAAUGGCCGCCGCAUCGGAACCGCCCGAGCCGCCACCACGCAAUCCGGACAAAAUCAACGCAUCGCUCAAGCAGCUCGCUGAAUCGAAAACACGUUCACUGGAUACAGCCGAUAAAACCGGAGCACCGAGCACGACCAGCAAUGGUGGCCGUCCAUUCCGACCGAUCCUAUCACUGGACAAUGCCAAACCGACCAAACCAUUCGAAAUACCCGAACGUGGUACGCCCACAUCCGCACCGGCCACUUCUUUCGGAAGUACGCCCGGAAUCGGUACGGACCACCAGUCCUCAGCGGCGGCUCCCGAGCCCGGUACCAGCGCUAGCGGCAACAAUUCCAACAUCACGCCCAGCGGACAACGACAAUCGAACCCACAGCCACUGUCCAGCUCAUCGUCUUCCUCCGGCGAAGCGAUGGCAGCGACAGCAAACGGAACUGCUGGCGAACCGGGUGGCCCAAAUCCUUCGUCCUCCGGUAGUAGUGGUAGCACACAGGACAAGGCCAACCUCGGCCAGCAGCAAAAGCAAAGCAGUCCAAUACUCACCGGCGAUGGCGAUAAUCUCUUCAAGAACGGUGUUAGCGAUCUAGAAUCACCACAAACGACCAAAAUACGACUGGAAAACGAGCGAUUGUCGGCGGAGAUUACGCGGUUGAAAAAACUGCUAGAAAACUCACCCGAUGGUGCGGUCGGUGGAAUUGAUCUGCUUUCGCAAAGCAACAGUUUCGACGUGCACUCGGCCGAGGAUAGCAGCAACCGGAUGGAGAAGCUCGAGAAUGAGCUACGAAUAUCGAAGGAGCUGAUUCAGAGUUUAAAGCUCGAACGGAAGAAACUUCGCGCCGAUAAAAACGAUCUGCUUUCCCAAGUGAAACAGCUCUGCUCCUCGCUGCAGGAGAAGGAACAGGAGCUGCGCAACUUUAUCCGCAACUACGAGCAGCGAAUACGUGAGUCCGAAUCCAACUCUGCCAAACAAAACACGGAACGAGAGCGAGAAAGAUGGUCCCUGUUAAAGCACGCCCGGGACGAAGCCGAACGAUCAAUUGCGCUGGCCGCACAGCUUAAUGCACGGGACAUGCAGCUGCAGCGGACGCAGGAACAGCUACAGGAAGCCCGCCGUCAACUGUCGGGCUGUAUGUCGGACCAGGAGAGUCUGGUUUCGGCGGCCCCGCUAACACCACCCUCGGGACUGAUGGCGCAUAAUGCGGCAGCACCGGCUACUACACCUGGUGUUGGGUAUAGCAACAUCAGUGGGACACCCGGCGACCGUGGUUCUUGCAGUGCCGAUUCGGGUGUGAGAGACUUUGUUACAGGGAGUAGCGAUCGGGAGAGUGCAGCCGGUGAUCUGAAUCUAAGCGAUGGUCCAUGCGAGAAUGGACCUUGUAUACAGGUGGAUUCUGAUAGUGUGUCACUAGUCUCCAGUCAUCAUAAUGUGUACCAAUAUGGAACGCCCAAAGAGCGAAGUCCUACCCUAUCGCCACUGAACGCGGGAGCCUACUCGAGGUCUGUAGAUAGUGCAGCCCUGUCUAGCUCUUACAGAUCCGUGGAACAGUUAGGCUCGCCCGUGGACAAUGAAAACCAAACGUUCGCCCGAAGACUGCAGCAGCAACAAUCAGCGGGAGCCGUGUCUGCUACCGGGAAAGCGCAAAACACGGGCCUAACGGGCCGUACCGGUCGGGGUGGAACGUGGGGCAGUAUAUCGCGCGUGUUUGCCCGCAGCCGUAACCGCAACAAGAAUGCCCCGAUCGACACCGAAGCGACAGACUUCCAGUGGAGUCCGCUGACCGAGGAAGGUUAUGCGGAAAAGUUACGACUACUGCGGGAAGCUUCCUCCAUGCCAAUGGAACGCUGGAGAGCUUCGCAAGUGCUCGCCUGGCUGGAGGUAGCGCUCGGCAUGCCACAGUACAGUGGCCGCUGUGCGGAGAACGUAAAGAGCGGUAAGGUACUGCUUGAACUGAGCGAUGCGGAGCUGGAAACCGGCCUCGGAACGUCACACCCAAUGCACAGGAAAAAGCUUCGGCUUGCCAUCGAGGAACAGCGCCGGCCGGAGCUAGUGCGCUACCCCACUAUCGGACAGUUGGGCCACACCUGGGUAGCGUCGGAAUGGUUGCCAGACAUUGGAUUGCCACAGUAUGCGGAAUCGUUCAUGCACUCGCUCGUGGAUGCCCGCAUGCUGGACACGCUGUCAAAGAAGGAGCUGGAGAAAUAUCUGGGCGUUACGAGGAAGUUCCAUCAGGCGAGCAUAGUGCACGGCAUUCAUGUACUGCGCAUCAUGAAGUACGACCGGCAAGCGAUUGCAAUGCGGCGCCUACAGUCGGAAAACGUAGACACCGAUCCGAUCGUGUGGACCAAUCAACGCUUCAUCCGCUGGGCACGCUCGAUUGAUUUGGGCGAGUAUGCGGAUAAUUUGAAAGACAGUGGCGUUCAUGGGGGACUGGUUGUGCUGGAGCCUUCCUUCUCCGGUGACACGAUGGCAACAGCUCUUGGUAUACCGCCGUCGAAAAAUAUCAUCCGCCGCCAUCUAGCGACUGAAUUUGAGGCUCUCAUUCUGCCGGCAAGAACGACCAUGGGCCAAGGGAUACGGACGGGCGGUGGUACGGUAAUACCCAUCGCGAGUGGAAUCAGCAUGAUGGCCGGAACGGGCUGCGAUCGACGUAAUACGGGCAGUUUGCGCUUUGCCGCCUGGAAAGGAUCACAGGGUUCACUAACUAAAGCCUUCCGGAUGAGCUCGAACUACAAACCACGGGGCAGCAAUGGCGGAGGAAGUGGUGCCGGUUCCGACAAGAACAGCGUCUACAGUUCAACCUCACCGACACCAUCGUUUAGCAGCAGCGAGGGCGGUAUCUAUGCCACGGUCGGUUCACUCCAAAGCCAUCCGGCAUUCUUCCACCACCUGCCACCACCGACAUCCGCACCGCCACCGAUCCCGGGCGGUGGGUCCGCCGCAUCCGUAGGAAUUCGUUCGAUCGAAUCGAUGCCAACGGGAUCGGGCCUAGCGCUGGAACGAGCCAACGCCAACAAUCGUGUCAGUGCACCGCCGAUGGACAGUGGGCAUGCAACACUGCCAAAGUAUGCGCAACAUCGCCGGGUGAAAAGCAUUAGCGAUAUUGAGAUUCCUUCCGUAGGACCCGUCGGAUAG